AUGUCAACGAAGAUUACUAGGUCAACCGACUCCUUGAAAGCGUUGAAGUCAAAACUCAAGGGUCUUCGAGCGUCGUUAAACAACAUUAGUCAGUUCGUUAGGUAUUAUAAAGAGGGUACAACAGCUAGUCAGGUCAAUGUCCGCCUCGAACGUAUAGAUUUGUUGUGGGAGCAAAUUAGUGAGACUUCUUGGGAGAUCGAAUCGCAUGAGGACUAUGAAGAGCAAGAAGGUGUCGAAAAGGAGCAACUGGAGUUCGAGAAUCGCUACUACGGUGCGAAAUCAUUCUUGAUGGAGAAGGUCAAGGAGUUCCAGGAUGAAGCAGCCCUAAACCAGUCAACACGGAGUGUGGACGCCACCAGUACACAUGGUACAAUGGACCGUGUACGCCUGCCGCAAAUCAAGCUCCAGACUUUCGACGGAGACAUCGAUGACUGGCUGAGUUUCAGGGAUCUCUACACGUCCUUGAUCCACGAGAAAGCAGAACUUCCGGAUGUGGAGAAAUUUCACUAUCUGAAGGGUUGCUUAGCAGGCGAAGCUAAGGCGCUAGUCGAUCCGCUGAAGAUUACUAGCGAAAAUUAUAAAAUAGCUUGGGAGUCGUUGCUAAAACGCUUCAACAACAGCAAGCUACUGAAGAGGAAGCAAGUACAAGCGUUAGUGAAACUGCCUUCACUUACCAAGGAAUCGGUCACGGAUCUCCACAAACUGGCUGAUGGAUUCGAUCGUGCGAUUCAGAUAUUGGAUCAAGUCAUUGAACCAGCCGAAUACAAGGAUUUGCUGCUGGUAGAACUGCUGAGUUCUCGUCUGGAUCCAGUCACUCGACGUGGCUGGGAGGAACACACGUCCGCUAAGGAGCAAGACACUCUACAGGACUUGCAGGAGUUCCUACAUCGGAGAAUUCAAAUCCUGGAGUCUCUACCAGCGAAGGCAGAACCCAAAAACGAGCCACAACAACCCAGACGGAAGUCGUUUUCACCGAAGGUUAGCCACAACGCCGUACAGUGGAACACCGCUAAGUGCCCAUCGUGUACGGAGGUUCAUGGACUACAUACGUGUCCAGCCUUCCAGAAAAUGUCGCUGUCCAGCAGGGAGUCGUUUCUACGAGCACAGUCACUCUGCCGAAACUGUCUCAAACGAGGACAUCUAGCUCGAGAUUGCUCGUCGAAGUUUUCGUGUCGCAACUGCAAGGCUCGACACCACACACUGCUGUGCUUCAAGGGCGAAGGAAGAAGCAGUAGGAAUGGAUCACCCGAGAAGGCCAAUUCGGGUAAAACUGGCAACCGGAACGACUCGAGUUUUGAUCCCAAGGCAGCGAAUGCAGCAUCGGUCGAGACAGCAUCGUCAAACACGGCGCAGCUUCCGACAUCGCAGGUACUUCUGGCUACGGCAGUAGUUGUAAUCGAGGACAACCAGGGUUCUCGCUAUCCGGCACGCGCGCUAUUAGAUUCCGGGUCGGAAUGCAACUUCAUCUCUGAAGGUCUGAGUCAGUUGAUGAAGGUUGCUAGCCAGAAGGUGGAUAUUUCGAUAUUGGGCAUCGGACAAUCCGGAACGAGGGUCACACGAAAGAUUCAAGCCGUCGUCAAGUCUCGAGUCUCGUCGUACUCUAGACCGAUGGAUUUUCUCGUCUUGCCGAAGGUCACAGCUUGUCUGCCCACUUCUACAGUGCAGGCAAAUGGAUGGGACAUACCGGCAGACAUCGAACUUGCAGAUCCUGAAUUCUUCCGCUCGAGAAAGGUCGACUUGGUCAUGGGCAUCCAAGCUUUCUUCAGCUUCUUCCCAUCCGGAGCAAUCUGGAGGAGCUAA